GCAUCUAAUCUUUUUCUUUCUCAAAAACGUCUUUUACAUCUCUCUCUCUCUCUUUCCCUCUACCUCCGGCUCCAUUUGGCGAUAGAACAAGUCAUGUACCAAUCAUCUUCCUCCACGUCAUCAUCAUCACAAAGAUCAUCGCUUCCCGGCGGCGGCGGCGGCGGGGCAGGACUGAUCCGAUACGGUUCAGCUCCUGGAUCGCUUCUGAACUCUAUGGUGGACGAAGUCAUUGGAGGGUCAAACGCUCGAGACUUCAACUUUCCACAGCCUGAUAACUUCCUCGGUGAUUUCUUCGCCGGAGCUGAUUCUUCCUCGCUGAGAUCGGAGUCCAUGACUUGCGGAGUCAACUCAUCCGGCGGACAGAAACAUCUUGGCAAUGAUAACAACAACAAUAAUAAUAAAGAUCUCCUCCUCGACAGAUCCUAUGGUGGAUUCAACGAGAUCUCACAGCACAAGAGCAUCAACAACGUCGGAGGAGGAGGAGGAGGAAGUAGCUCUGGAUCUUACUCUCUCGCUAGACAACGUAGCUCUCCCGCUGACUUCUUCAGCUACCUCUCCGGUGAAAAAAACAGCUUCUCGUUGAACCAACCAACCAGUGAUUAUAAUCAGCAAGGAGGGUCUAAUGCAGGACGUGGGCCAUCGAGACUCAAGUCUCAGCUAAGCUUCACGAGUCACGACCCACUUUCUAGGAUCUCUGAGGUCAAUGAGACAUCUGUCCACGAAGGUUCGGGCCAUUCGUUUUCCGCGGCCGGCUUUGGUGCCGCCACUGAUUCUUGGGAUGACGGUUCAGGUUCAAUAGGUUUUACUGUGACCCGACCCACUAAACGACCCAAGGACAUGAGCUCAGGUCUCUUUUCACAGUAUAGUCUUCCUUCAGACACUUCAAUGAACUACAUGGAUAACUACAUGCAGCUUCCCGAAGAUUCUGUACCAUGCAAAGUUCGGGCCAAACGUGGCUUCGCCACCCACCCGAGAAGCAUCGCCGAGCGGGAGAGGAGAACGAGAAUAAGUGGGAGACUUAAGAAGCUACAAGAUCUUGUCCCCAACAU